UCACCCUUUGAUCUUGCUCCAUGAUCAUGGCGAGGAGAUGUAGUGUCCUAUCCUUCUAUGCAGUGUUUGAGCUGCUUCUCCUCUUCUCCUGCAUUUUGCAAAUUUUCUGCACCUUGCACACUAAGGGAUCCCUGCCCCUGGAUCACAUCACUUUCCACAAGGUAAUUCCUAAGAGUAAAUUUGUACUGGUCAAGUUUGACACUCAGUAUCCAUACGGAGAGAAGCAAGAUGAGUUUAAACAACUGGCAGAAAGUUCAUCUUCAAGCAAAGAUCUGCUGGUGGCUGAGGUUGGAAUAUCAGAUUAUGGGGAUAAACUUAACUUAGAUUUGGCUGAGAGAUACAAGCUGGAUAAGGAAAAGUUCCCAUAUUACUAUUUGUUUGUGAACGGAGACAUUGAAAAUCCUUUGCCUUACACGGGACAAGUGAAAACUAUUGCCAUCCAACAUUGGUUGAAUGCUAAAGGGGUGUAUCUUGGUAUGCCAGGAUGCCUAGAGGAGUUUGAUGGCCUAGCUGAAGAAUUUGUAAGAUCAGGAAAUAAGGAAGAGCAAGAGGAAAUUCUGAAGAAGGCUCAGGGAAUGUUGGAAGGUAUUGGUCAAUCAGAGAAACCACCAGGAGAGCAGUAUAUUAAGAUCAUGAGUAAGAUCUUGGCUCAAGGAGAGAACUUUGCUAAUGCUGAAUUUGAACGCAUCACAAAACUGAUUGAAAAGAAUAAAAUGAGUGAAACCAAGAAGGAAGAUCUCCAGAAAAGACUUAAUAUCCUCAGCAGCUUCCACAGAAAAAACACAGAAAAAGAAGAGCUCUGAAUGGAGCCUAUGUGCAUAUCUAUUCAUACUGAGCAGCCAUUCCUGUUUUCAUUAUGAAGUUACAUUGGCAACUCUAGCUCAUUGGAGAAGUCUUGUUUCCAUAGUUAUCCGCCUCUAUUUGCACAGUGCAAGUUUCUGAUUGGUGUCCAAGCCUUACCCUAAGAACGGCAUAGCUUUCUUCUGAUAACUAAUUAGUAACCUCUAAUAACCAUCAGUUUCUGUUGUAAUGCUACAGUUCCAGAAAUUUGCACUUUAUAUGAUCAGUAUUUUAACAUUUAUUAAUGGAAUAUUUUUUUAGAUUAACUCUGAGGAAAAGCUGGUCAGUAUGUGGGCUAGAUUCAUUAACAGCCUCUCAAACCUCUCCAUUCUAACCAAUUCUCACAUUAUUCUAUGUAGCCCAUUCAUCAAAGCUCACACACUCUUCCAUUCUUUAUUGAAUAGACUUCAUAAAAUGCAAGAGAAUCUGGAGAGGCAGUAGACAGGUUGUUAGUGAAUCGACCUUAAUGACUAAUUGACAAUUUAUUUGGCCUUUUGUAUUUUACUUUACUUUAACUGACUUUUUUUGUGCGCGACUGUUGAGGACUAGCCAUAUCUCUUAUAACUCUCAUAUAAUUUAUCACUAGUUCAAGUAAAAUAGAAGGUAACUGGAUUAGGCUGCUUAUUGUUAGGCAACUUUCAACAGAAAACAUGCUUAGAAAACAGUUUAUAUAUAAUUACAACUGAAGUCCCUUUUUGUUACUAAUUAUGUGACCAUGGUUAGAGUGUGUUGUUAUAUUUUUUUAUAUUCUUUGUCCAAAGAGAUCGGUCUGUAUUAAGGUAAAACCAAUGUCUUACUAUCUUUGUAUAUUGUAGGUUUUUAUAAACAAGGUAAUUUUGGAAUCCCAGAUUAUAUGUGCGGGAAACACACACAUAUUAUAUUGUUCUUUUCAUAUAUCUUUUAACUAUAUUCCGUUUAGUAUAUUUUUCUCUUGCCCCCUUAAAAUGUGUGUGAAACCACAAUUGGUUCCAUAUCGACUAUUUAGGGUCUCUAAAUCAGUGGUUGCCAACCGCGGUCCUCAAGGACCCCCAACAGUCCUGGUUUUCAUUAUAGCUAAACCAGUGCACAGGUGAAAUAAUCAGCUGAUCUGUAACCAACCUGCUCUCAUCCAUCAGCUGAUUAUUUCACUUGUGCACUGGUUCAGCUAUAAUGAAAACCAGGACUGUUGGGUGUCCUUGAGGACCGCGGUUGGCAACCACUGCUCUAAAUAACACACAGACUCUCCUUGCUUUAGAUUUAUGAGGAAUUCAUUGAUUUCAUAUGUAUCAUCUGUGAUCAUUUCAGUUUCCUGAAAACUUGGUUUUAAGGUUCAUUGUUCUAAUACAUUGCAGUAUUGUUCCAUGUCAGACCUCAGAAAGGUAUUAAGUUGACAUUUGAAUUAUUGUAACAUUCUACUAUCAAGCAGUAUUCUAUUAAUUACUUUCUUAUCAGCACUAAUACAUAAAAAAAUUCACACAGAAA